CGCUCGUCAAGAUGGCGACCAAGAAGGAUAUGCGCAGAGCUGACCUGGUCGUACCGUAUGUGGACCCGGCGUCGAAGAAGAAGGAUGGCGACAUGGCCAGUGCCCUCUCAAGCACAUUGCCCAUGGCGGCGAUGUUUACGCGAAGCAGGAUGAUCGGAUGGUGCGUUAAUAAUCCACCGUGUGCUCAUUUGACCCACGGGCUCCAACACAUGCUAUAUAGGACGUCGGUUGUAUUUUCACUCCAAAAUUGGAUGGCAGAGUCUCCAGAGCAGAAGAAGAACUCAUCUACACCAGGCUACUUGUCAGUAAUCAUGUCUGUUAUGGCGGUUAUUGUUACCUACGUUCCCUUAUUCCUACCUCCUCAAGCGGGAAGACCGGGCAAGGCGGCUCCCACGUCCUCUCCCACCCUAGCAGCAUAGUUCAGAUCCAAUGUUUUAAUAAUGAAAAUGUGAAUAAUGUGGGCUUCGAUGAAUUUUACCUAGAUUUGGGUGCAAGAGCUAUUAUCCCCACGCUGUACAUUUAAAUCCAGAGAUCCGCAUGAUCGCAUUAUGUGCUCCAUCCGAAAAGGUACAUAAUCAGGGAUGUCUGUUGGAUACGAAGGAUAUUACCAUUGAUAGACAUAUAUGAUACCCAGGUUGCCCACGGCUUCUCCAGCUGUGCAGGGUUCCUGGAAUCGGUUUGCGCUAUUGAUCAUCCUACUCGCAGUUCUGCGAGUUAUUCGGAUUCAUUUGAUUUGUUCAUCAGCGAACGGUCCUUGAGCUUUCUAUUGCUAAUCAAACUAUCGAGAAGUCUCCGCAUCCACGUGCAAAUUGAGAUGA